AUGCAGGUUCGGGAAUUGCUGCUCGUUGCGGUGCUGCUGCCGCAUAGUCUCCACGCAUUGCGCUACAGCCAGGGAACUGGAGAUGAGAAUUGCGAGACUCUCAAAUCUGAAAUUCAUCUCAUCAAGGAGGAAUUCGACGAGCUGGGACGCAUGCAGCGCACCUGCAAUGCAGAUGUGAUUGUGAAUAAGUGCGAAGGACUGUGCAACAGUCAGGUGCAACCAUCUGUGAUUACGCCGACGGGGUUUCUGAAAGAGUGCUAUUGCUGCCGCGAAAGCUUCCUCAAGGAAAAGGUAAUUACUCUAACUCAUUGCUAUGAUCCGGAUGGCACGCGCCUCACCUCCCCGGAAAUGUCGAGCAUGGACAUCCGUUUGCGGGAGCCAACUGACUGCAAGUGUUUCAAAUGUGGCGAUUUCACGCGCUAG